CGAGCACGCGAUUAUCCGACGCCCUCCGCCAGCAGCCUCAACAGCACUCCUGCUGCCCUCCAAGGAGAUAAGUACCCCCUUCUCUCUAACAAGGGGAUGCACCAAGCCCAGCUGCACGCAUUCUCGGGGUUGUACACCCAGUGGCUGCAACGACAGCUUCAAGCACACGUGGGAUCUUUGUCUCUCCCCGAUCAAGUCGCUCUCCGCCUUCCUCAGCCAGGUAUGCUCCCUCUCUCUUCCCCCGGGGUGAGCACCCUCCCUCCCCCAGAAGAACUAGACGACGAAGAGGAGAAGCUCGAGCUCCCCCCCGAGUUCUACUCUUCGAAACCGGAUAUCGUCCUUGUCUCUCUCGAAGGCGUCGAGUUCCCUACCCAGAAGCUCUUCCUCAGCGUCGGCAGCGCGUUCUUCAGGCGUAUGUUUGAGGAUGCCUCUUCUGAUGCCUCUACCAGCACCAGCGCCUCUCCUGAUCCCUACACGAACGAACUUGAACGCGUCCCCUGGCCAGAGAAGGCAUCCACGAUCGUCCACCUGCUCCAGCUCCUCUAUCCACUCCCCAAACCCCGUUUCCCCUCUCUUGGAGUAACACUUCAGCUCCUCCUCUCCGCGGACAAAUGGGAGCUCGCACUACCCCUCCAGCGUCUGAAGGACUCUCUCCUCACCAAAUGGGCGAAGGAACGUCCAUUGCGCGUAUACGGCUUCCUCUGCUCUUCGGGAUUAGGCACGCAGGAGGAGAUCCGUGCUGUGGCUGAAGAAUGUCUAGCGCGCUGUGACCCCAGGGAAGGGAGAUGGAAACGCGAUCUGGAGGGCAUGUCCGCGCUCGCCCUCUCCUCACUACUCGAUGCUCGGGACGCGCGCGCCGCCCAAGCGCAGAAAGUCGUGCAACGCGAGGUGCCGAGUCACUGUCCGCAUGGGUUUCCUCUGGCGACUGCUGCGCUGGUGGGGCAGUGGAAGGCUGCUCUUGGGGAGAGGCUUGCAAGGUGGCCGACGGGGAGGGUGAUGGAUGGCUGGGAGAGCAUCGCGGAGGUCCUUUGGCCUGAGGGGGUGGCUGCGAGUUGUAGACUGUGCAUUCCAACGGAAGCGAGGAGAGCGUGUAUUGAGAAAGUCGCUAAAGCGCAAUGGGAUAUCGAUGCGCUGCCUAUUACGCUCUAGCUUUUGCCAGAAGCUAGAGGCUGGAGCUGGGAUCUGUAGAAAACCCCUGUCGUAUUAUCGCUCAUCUGUAUCUAGACCUGAAUGCACCCAGC